CAACACCACUACCACCAACAUCAACACCAGCACCACCACCAACACCACAUCUGUAGAUUUACAGAACUAUAAUUACAUCCAGAUCUUUUCCAUUAUGGCGGAGAGUGCAGACAUGGAGCAGCUCCUGACGGCUUUUAAAAAGUUUGCCAUUCAUGGAGACAUGAAGGCCACGGGGAAGGAGCUGAAUGGGAAGAACUGGGCCAAACUGUGCAAAGACUGCAAGAUCAUCGACGGCAAAAAUGUCACCUGCACUGACGUGGACAUCGUCUUCUCCAAAGUCAAACAGAAGACAUCUCGGGUCAUCACGUACGAGGAGUUUCAGAGAGCUAUGCAAGAGUUGGCUCCAAAGAGGUUCAAAGGUCAAAGUAAAGAGGAGGCGCUGCAAUCAAUCUUCAAACUGGUGGAAGGCAGAGAGCCCACCAACGUUGGAGUGACAAAAGUGGCGAAGACGGCGGCUGUGGACCGUCUGACUGAUACAUCCCGCUACACUGGAUCGCACAAAGAGCGCUUUGACGAGAGCGGCAAGGGCAAAGGUCGGGAGGGCCGGGAGGAGAUUGUGGAGAACACGGGUUACGUGGGAGCGUACAAGAACGCCGGGACAUACGACACCAAGAUGAAGCCCGAGAAAUAACAAGGCAGGAGGCUGCGCCCCCUGCUGGGAGCUGAAAGAAAGUACAGCUCCUCUACAGCACUUAGUCUGGAUCAAACCUUGAACUCUGAACCCUCUGUGUGUGUGUGUGUGUGUGUGUGUGUGUGUGUGUGUG